CGGAAGUGAAGUUUAAUGUUGUGAGAACCACAUGUGCGUAGAAUGGUGAGAUUCAAAUCGAGAUAUCUGCUCUGUGAAUUGUGUGUGUCUGAACGGAACAGUCUUCAGCUCCUAGAAGAACGUGUCAUCUACCAUGCCGUCAGAGCCGCAGUCAACCGGGCCCAUGGAGACUACGGUUCUGCUGUGUGUAACAUCGGGUUUUCAGUGAAGUAUGUGAAUGCCCACACAGGUGUGGUCCUCCUGCGAUGUAGGAAGGGACACUAUCGACUCAUCUGGUCUGCCCUUCCGUUCAUCACUGGUAUAGAAAGUCGAGGCCAGAGAGUGCAGUGUUUCCUGAACUGCUUGCAUGUAGGAGGGACCAUCAGAACGUGUCAGAAGUUUCUGGUGCGAUACAGCACUCGGCAGCUUCAUCGAAUGCUUCUUCACUGCACCAGCGAAGCUGAGAGACGGGAGGUUCGGAAAGCUGUGAUGAGUUUCUCCCUCAAGAAAAGAAGAGAGGAUGGUGAGGAGGAGGAGGAGGAAGAGGAAGAAGAUGAUGGAUGUGGAGCUGGAGUGGAUACAUGACCAGUUUUCUGACACAGAUGGGGCUUGAGUUUCGGAGAACAGGAAGGGUCUUCAGGACACCUGUGGAAGUUGACAAUUGAAAUUGAAAUGGAGAUUCAGCAGAAACUGAAGAGCACUUGAUUGUGUUACCCUGGUGUCAUGUGAAAGGUCUCUUUCUUCUUUUUUUUGCAAACAGGUUAUGGGGUCAUUUAGUACCUGUU